ACUGAGAAACAUUUGUGGGCAGAUCCCUUUUACAAAUUGUGAUCGGCGAUAUAGAUACUUCCGCCCAUGUUUCAAUCUGCUCCUUCUAAUGUUUUGAUUCAUGACGCAGUUUGUUUUUAGCGCCACAUGUGUUCAUUCAGAGCCUUAGCUUGAGUGGAACACCUGGAGGACGUGUGGAUCGCCCUGCCGUGGUGCCUGUUGCAGAGCAGCGCGCUGACCGGAGAUGGACCCGCUGGAUUUCUUAGAGCCCGAGAAGCUGCUGCACUUUCUCCACGUCCAGAAGACGGAGCUGUCCUGCCUGGAGAACCCGCACACCUUCAUCACCCAGCUCAGGGACCACGACCUGAUCCCAGAGGACAGGUACAAGGACAUGAGUCGCAUGAAGAGCAAAGACCGACUGAGGAAAGCUCUCUACGACGUUCUGGACUGGCUGGAGAGGGAGCGGUCGCAGCACAUCAAACUGUUCUGGAGCUCUGUGUUCAGGGAGACCAUCAUGAACCACUACCCCGUCCUGAGGAUGCUGCGGAACAGCCUCAUGGACGGGUCCUUCCACUUCACACAAUUGCCAGAGAGGGUGGACAAGGAAGACACUGGCAGAGGCAAAAGGAAGGAGCUCUCAGAGGACGAGGAAGAGGAAGAGGAAGAGAAGAAAACCAACUCAGUGAAAAAGAAGAGAAAACCGAGAAGGAAGCGCGUGCGUGAAGAAGAGGAGGAGCAGGCCUGUCCAUCAUCUCCAGUGAGGAAUAUAAACUUCUCUUCCCCUCUGAAGAAGGGAGAGAGGGGCGACAUUUGGACCUGGGCCAUCUACAAGUCUCAGCUGCCUGUGACCUGUGGACACCAGAAAGGGUUCCUGAACAGACGCAGACUGGCUGAAGGAGAGAAAUGCAUUGUGGUUGAUAAACAGUGGUUCACUCCCAAUGAAUUCGAGAGGUUGGCAGGGAGGGAGAGCUUUAAGAACUGGAAGGUCAGCAUCCGAUGUGAAGGCACGACCCUGGGAAAACUGAUACAGGAAGGUCACCUGACAUCAGUGAGGUAUAAAAAGGCAAAGAAAACGCUGCUCCCAUCUGCUCAUUCUAUCACAGUGUCUGACACAGAGGAGGACGAUGGUGAAGAUGAAAAUGAGGACAACGAAGACCGGACUUCAUCAGACAGCAGAGGGAGUUCCUCAGAUGUCACAGAUGAAGAGGAACAGACCGAGUGGCAGUCAGAGGCCCGUCAUGACAGCGGCAGGAAGGUGUUCAGAGUGACGUGUGGAGCUUUAACUGGGACCUUACAUAAACAUCGAUUUGCAUCAGGGACUUGUGGGAAGAGUAUCCGCACCGAGACGAGCUGGAUGACCCCGGUGGAGUUCAUGAAUCUGGCCCUAGGUCAGACAGAUCGCCCCUGGAGGAAAGAAAUCGAGUUGGAAGGGCAACCGCUCGGUGUUCUGACAGAGGCGAAGAUGUUGACGAUCCACCAACUGCACUGUGACUGUCCACUUUGCAGACCGGAUGAUGAAGACAUGCGGAAUCAGAAAAACGACGAUGUGUGCUGCACCUGUAAAAAUGAAAAAAAUGAAGAAGACGUGUUGGUGAUGUGUGAAGGCUGUCCUCGCUCCUUCCACCCGAAAUGUCACCUGCCUCAUGUGGAAGCAGCCAUAAUGGGGGACAGUAAUCUUUGGAUGUGCACAUUCUGUGUAUUUAGAAGCAAUCAAGGGUGCUAUUACCGUGACGAGUUGAAAAGAGAGGCAGCUAUGUCUCGGAAAAUCUCACAACACAUGCUGGAGUGUCAGUAUCUCCUCCUGCAUCUGUGCAGCGCUGACGAGGAACAAACAUUUGCUGAUGACCCAACCCUCUACCUGUCGGACUACUCCGCUGUGGUCAAGACUCCGAUGUGGCUGGGCAGCGUAGCGGCCAAACUGCAGAAGCAGCUCUACCAGACUGUUGGAGAGUUUGUGUCCGACGUCCAGCUCAUUUUCACCAACUGCGCCUCAUACAACCAAGGUAAGGCAAAAUUCUUCGACAUGGGCAACAGACUGAAGAAGUUAUUCGAUGAAGAAUUUAAGAACGUGUUCAACAUCCAUGAAUAGACUGUUGACGGAUAAACAGCAUUCAGGUUUCAAUCAGUGGCUACUGGGAAAACUUCAAAAGUUUGUAAGUGUCAGGAAUUUUCAUCUCAAAAGAAAUAUUUUCUACUGAAAAGACUUAUUUAUCCAGUAAUGAUUUUAUUCGUGUUAACAUGAAUGACACAAUAUAAACAUGUUUUUUCUAUGGCUUAAAGGAGGACUCCUUCACUUUUGCAUAUCAGAGUCUGUUUACAGAUCCUAAAAAUGUUUUAGGCCUCCAGAGGGAGCUGCGCCAAAUCUGUAGCAAAAUCUGGCAGAUAGAUAGUUUAAGAUUGAAGAACUUGCCUUUAAAAGACAUUUAACAAAAACACAUAAAUUGAUCAUAUAAUAUCUCUGGUGAGGCUAACAGCUCAUAGCAACAGUAGCUGGCUGCUACUAGCCCAACACACCUGAGUAAAUGACCAAACUGUUGGCAGUCCAGUUGCAUUAUGGGUAAUGUAGGAAGAUGAAUGUGUGGAAUUAAAAAAAAAAGAAAUUAAAAAAAUUGCAUGCACUUGUAUGUUCGGAUCGUUAGCACUUCUAUCAUAGCACCUUUGCACUUAAAGAAUCUUUGACAAAUAGCAGUUAUGGUCCUCAGAUGAGAGCUUGACAAUCGUUUCUAUAUUUCUUUUACUCCAUCGACAGUGAUAUGUUGUGCUUUCUCUCGUGACAAAUGUACUUAUUGUAGGUCGCUUUGGACAAAAGCGUCUGCUAAAUGCCCUAAAUGUAAAUGUAAAUGAAUAGAGAAGACGACGUCUCUGGUUCUGCUGCACUGAUUUUAACAGUCCAUCGUGAGUCUAACAGUGUUGGAUGAGUUGACCUCUAACAUACUGAGCUUUCACAAACCUUAGUUUGAUUGAGACGAGUGUUUCUCUUCGAUACAGGAAUACAAUUGCAGUUUUUACAAUGGAGGCAAAGCCUUUUUGUUUUUCAUGUUUUUAUAUUCAUAUAAAUAAAUUCUGUGUUGCUCCAAGUA